AUGUUCCGCCAGUUGCUGUGUCCCUUAGAGCGAACACCAAGCAUUCUACCAAUCGCGGCGUAUCCAAUAGUUUUCACGAAGCCGCCAGAUGCUUUGGCGGGACCGAAUGAUCCAGUCUUCGUUCACCCGGACGCGCAAAGUCACUUGGAUUACGAAGGCGAGCUGUGUGUCAUCAUUGGAAGAGACGCGAAAAACGUGUCAGAAGACGAAGCGCUUGAUUACGUUCUUGGUUAUUCUGCAGGAAACGACCUUACCGCACGGAAUUUUCAAGUUCCCGACGCUUCAGGAGGCCAGUAUUCUUACUGUAAAUCAUUUGAUGGUUUUGCGCCGAUAGGACCGGCGAUCUGGUCGCCAACAGUGGUUCCGGAUCCGCAUGCACUGCGGUACCGCACGAUGGUCAAUGGCAAAGUAGUCCAAGAGACUGAAACUUCCGACAUGAUCUGGAGCGUGGCGCAGGUGAUUGUCCACCUUUCACGGGGAACAACGUUGAGGAAUGGCACCGUUAUUAUGAUGGGUACACCGGCUGGUGUUGGCUAUUUUCAGGGGAAGUUCUUGAAAGAUAGUGAUGUGGUGGCUGUGGAGAUCGACGGACUGGGGAAGAUCGAGAACAAGAUUGUGUUCGAGAAAGAAAAUCCCGAGGAGAUGGAAGAGUAG